UUGACAUACAAAAAUUAGGGUGUGUUUGUAAAUUUGUACAUUCAAUUUUCUUUUAGUGGGCACAUAGUUUAGUAAUAAUUGGUAUACCACCAAUUAAUUUGUGUUUUAUCAAUUUUGAAAUUAACAUAAUUGGCACAAAACGGUACAUUUGGAUAUUAGUCAAAUAAAAAAGUUGUUUACAACAAUCUCUACAAUACUUUAAAAUUUUGGGUAAUAUUAACAAGGUUUCACAGCAGGAAAUAUGGCUGAGCUAGCAGCACUAUUACAGACUGAAAUUCCUGAGGGACGAAAUCAUCUCACCGAUAGCCACACUAAUCUUGAAAGGGUGGCAGAUUACUGUGAGGCCAAUUAUUUUCAAUCCGAAAAUAAACGUCUCGCUUUGGAAAGUACAAAAAACUACACCACCCAAUCAUUGGCUAGUGUUGCAUACCAGAUUAAUACUUUAGCAUACAAUUUCCUACAACUGUUGGAACUGCAGACCAUGCAAUUGGCUGAGAUGGAAGGCCAGAUGAAUCACAUAGCCCAAACGGUUGCCAUACACAAAGAAAAAGUAGCACGUCGUGAGAUUGGAGUUCUUACAGCAAAUAAAGUCACCAAUAGGCAGUAUAAGAUCAUUGCACCAGCAAACCCUGAGAAGCCAAUAAAAUAUGUGAGAAAAAGCAUUGAUUACACAGCUUUGGAUGACAUUGGGCAUGGUGCUCACUGGAGUAGUGGGGCAACUGGAACACCGCGUGGGCGUCGCUCGAGCUCUGCUCCCGGGGUGGCUCCUCUACCGGCUCCAACAACCAAGCCUCCAACACCACCUGCGGCUGUCAGGUCCUCAUCAGCUGCCAACACUGGAACGCUUGGACGUGGAACAUUAGGAAAAUCUUCACGAGAAUACCGCACUCCUCCUGCAGUAGCACCUCCUCAAGUUCCGUCACAUUAUGCACCAAACUAUCCACGUCGCCCGCCUGGCUACUCCACUUUGCCAGUUGCACAACCCCAAGUGGGUAUGGUUCACCCGAACCAACAUCAGGCACCAACAAACUAUUCUCAACAGGAACUGCAUUCCAGUAUGCCACCUCCACCAUCACCUUUGAUCGGUUCUGACGGUGAACACAGCCAGCAUUCUAUGAGUCUUCCGGGACAGCGUGGCUCAUCGUCGUCUGCUGGAGGCGGGUCGGUCCGCGGCGGCAGUGUGUCCCCGCCAUUGCCGCCUCCGCCCAUGGAAGAUGAACUCGCCCACGAUGCCUUUGGCAGACCGCACCAUGCCAACUUUUCGUUGCAGAACAAAAUGGGAUCACAGUACACGUCGGCCGUACCCGCUAUUGUACCCGACGAAGAAGAUCUGCCAGGUUGGGUACCAAAGAAUUACAUCGAAAAAGUUGUGGCGAUCUACGAUUAUUAUGCUGACAAGGAAGACGAACUGUCCUUCCAAGAAAGUGCAGUUAUCUAUGUCCUAAAGAAGAAUGACGACGGCUGGUGGGAGGGGGUCAUGGACGGAGUCACUGGGUUGUUCCCCGGGAACUAUGUGGAACCUUGUGUUUAGGCAAAAAGUAAAUGUUCAUAAACUAACUCAAAAACCAAUCAAGCAAAUUUAAUAAAAUUUAAACAAAAAAAAUAAAA